AUGGAUGCAUUCGCCGAGACCACCGACGUCGGGGACAGCGAAGCUGAUGUUCCCAGCAGGGACAAGCGUCGUGAGGCAACAGUAUAUGAUGCUGUCGCAGGUACAGUUACCAGCACCCAUGCCUUGGAGGACAGCCAAAGGCAGCCCUCCAGACGCCCGGCGAAACGCGCGCGACAUCAGGCUCAGAGGCAGUCUCGCUUGAGAAGCGGACAGACUUCUCGGAACGCCGUCCUCGCCCCCGAAGAAGUCCUGUUCCGUCGCGCUAACGCGCCAACUCGUUAUGCUGAACGGGACAUUUACUUCGCAAACGAGCGCUUGCCUGAUGGGGGCCGCGACAUUCUGCCCGACAGCGAUAUGCUGAAGGCGUUGCAUGUCUACGCGAGCCACUUCUACACUGAAAAGUACGGUUCCCGCACUCCUCGCCACAGGAAGGCACCCCUCGACGAAUGCAGCAUGGACGAAACAGCCAUGUUGGCAUUUGGAAUCAUUCUCGAAGAAGCAAGUCGGGAGUUGCUUGGGUCCAGUGGGGAUCUGGUAUUUACCGAAGGCAUGGAGCUGUCAGAAGCACUGGAUUGA